AUGUUUAUUCCCGGGCGCAAUCAUUGGCGAUUCCAUCCGACCAGCCUGGACGGCACUGGCAAUGGCAGUGACAAUGGAGGAAUCCCAUCGGAUCGAAUCGGAUCGGAUGUGGCUGGUCUGGCCGAUCCGAUCGAGCGUUGCAUUUACAUGAAUCUGCCAGUUUGGACAACCUCCUACGAAUUUACUUCCUGCCGUGUUCCAGCCCAGACCUCGCGCCAGACUCCAGCUGAUAUCUCACCUCGGUGCCAGCUCUGCCAGGUCAUACCAGUCAGCAACCUGGUAUCAACGCUCUUUAUCUUGCGCGAGCUGACCGUCCAUGCGCCCGAUAAACGGUCAGAAUUCAUUCACGAGUCGGUGAUGGAGAUGGCGGUGGUGCAGGGCGUUCUUCAAGUCUGGAUGUGUAUGCAUAGUGCGACCGGGCGGGUGUGGAUUGAGGAUACGAGUCGAGUUAAGUCGAGUCGAACGAGUGGUUCAUGGCCACCUCAUUUCACGGUGGUGUGUUGUGGUAUGCCAUCCGGACCGACGAAUUUCGAUGCGCUGAGUGCGAGUGCGAGUGUGAGUGAGUGA